AUGGUCGGAUAUCGCAGCCGGAGUCCGAGCCGGAGCUACAGCCCGCGGCGGCGGUGCAGCCGGAGCCCUCCUAGGCGCAAGCGCUACGACGACCCCCGCGACCGCUACCGCUGGGCCGGGGCCGGCGGAGGCGGGGACCGACGUGGUUACGGUCGGCCGUCGGCGCAGUCCGGUCUCCUCAUCCGCAACAUCUCCCUCACAGCCAGGCUAGAAGAUAUUCGUGUUCCAUUUGAGCAAUUCGGCCCUAUAAAGGACGUUUACCUACCGAGGAAUUUCCACACCAGGGAACUUCGUGGUUUUGGAUUUGUCAAAUUCCGCUACCCUGAGGAUGCUGCAGUUGCCAAGCAAGAGAUGAAUCAUCAAGUCAUCGGUGGUCGAGAAAUUUCAAUAGUUUAUGCUGAGGAGAAUCGAAAAACGCCACAAGAAAUGCGCAUGAGAACAAGGACAAGUGGUAGGUACAUGGAGGGAAGAUACACAAGACCAUCACUAUCAAGAUCUCCAAGGUCUCAUUCCCACUCUUAUUCGCCUUCGCCUUCUCCAGUUAGGCGUGACUUCAGGGGCAGGGGACGCCGGGAUGAUUAUUCCCCUGAGUACUCACACUCUUCACGCCCUCGGGACAACAGGCGCUACAGAUUCUAUGAAAUUGCUAAACACUUUGUGCUUGUGCUAAGUGAAAUUAUGUACUUGGAAGGAAGGAGGGAAGAAAACUGGGGAGGGGACGAGAGAUGGAUUUGGAAGGUAUUUUAUGUUGCCAUAAUUGGGGUGGCAUAUUUUAUAAUAGUGCAGACAUCUUUCAAGUACAUUCCUGGGUAUUAUGUGAGUGGAUUGCACAGAUAUCUGAGUGUUGUGGCUGUGGCUGUUGGUGCUAUACUCUUUGUGCUUACUAGCUUCUCUGACCCUGGGACUGUUACUGCUGACAAUGUUUCUCAAUAUAAUAAUUGCAUUGGGGAGAAAAAUACUCGCUAUUUUGUGGCCUUUUUAGUUUGGCAUUUUCUUAUAUGUCUGUACGGGGCAAUAAUCCUUGGCUUCAUUCUUGCUGGUGAAUUAAAAGAGCGGAAAAUUAUAUACAUUCUGACAGUUUAUUAUGGUAUCGAUAACUCAUUCUCGGGCUUGUUUCCACAUGUUGCACAGACAUUCAAAUGGCAAGACUAUAUCAUGUGGAUGAAAAAAGAAAAUGAAGCGAAGGCUGCUGCUGCUGCACUCGAGUCCAGCAUAGGCUCAGCCAAUAGUGAUGCACACAAAGCUCCUCCAAGCAAAUGGAGGGCGUUCUUCAUGAGAUCCCGAACACCAACCGUGGAACCAAUUGUGGAAAACAACAUAUAUGACAGAGGCAUGAUUAAAAACUUGUGCGAGGUGGUCGUCCCUUUAUCGGAGCGGAAGGCAUUUUCACGCAGGAGAUCGGAUUGA